AUGAAGGACGAGGGCCCAGGGGAGCGUCAGGAGGACCUCACAACUGGACUUGUCCUGGCCGAGCGGCUCAACAAUCGCAUCUUGGAUGUGCGGGUCGCCGCGAACAAUGCUAUCUUCAGACUCAUGUCCGGGGUGCUGGAGCUGACUGACGAGUUCCACAUCAAGAAUAACUUCAACUGGACUCCCACGCCACAACUGGUGGGAUACAUGGUCGAUGGCGAUGACGACUACUUUCCCAUCUCCUACUAUAACCACCUGGGGGCAUGGCUGGUUCAGACUGCUGAAUUUCAUCAGCAAAUGGCUUUGUCGACCGAUUUGCCGCGAGUCUUUGAGAUCCGGUCCAUGUUCCGGGCUGAGCAACAAGUCUUGAAACGGCGUCUAGCCGAGAGCGACUGGCAUGAGGCUCCUGAUACUGCCGAGGAAUUCUUCGUCUUCGUCCUCCGGGGGCUGCAGGAGCGAGCAAAGAUCAGCAAGCUGAUCGACGUUGCAAAGACGCUCCUCAAGUACAGCGAAGCCAAGCGGAUUCUGCGGGAGGAGGCGAACUACCAGACGGGAGACGGUGAUGACCUCAGCCAUAAGGAAGAGGCCAUCCUCGGCAGAUUGAUGAGCAACCCGCCUAAAGGUUCCUCGCUCGCCUCGUACCCACCCACGGACGUCUUCCUCAUCAUAGAUCACCCGGCCCACCUCCGCCCCUUCCAGACCCAUCCCUCAUUCAGCAGUGACGCGAACGGCAUCCCAACGAGCAACUCCACGGGAUACCAGCAGAUCCACGACUACGGGCUGUUGCGGAAGGCCAUGCAGACACGUAGCCCGCCGCUGGAUCCGGAUUCGCCCAUGUGGCGGCCCUACCUGACGGCUUUCGAGACGGGUAUCCAUCCUCAUGGCAAUUAUAGGGUGGGUCUGAACCGCUUGCUGCAAGGCUUCUUGGGACUGGGCGACGUUCACGAGACGAAGCUGUUCCCGCGGGAUGUUUCGCGCAUCACCCCAUAG